AUGUCCAGCAAAAAGGAAGAUAGAAAACUUAAUAAAUCCGAACAGCAACAACAACAACAACAAAAUCCAAAAGAAACAAACCAAUUGCAAACUUCUAAAGCGAAAAAAAAACAACGUCGUCUACGACAGGAACAACAAAUCGAGAAAUUGACGUCAAAAAUUCCGUAUGGUAUUUCAGCUACUUUGAAUUUACAUAAGGCGAUUGAAAUCACUAAAGAAAAAGUUAAAAGGAUCGCGAAAGAAUGUCGUCGAUUGAAUAUAAAGUUUCUUGACCGUGAAUUUGACGUUUCAGAACUCGAUUCUUGUCUUUAUAAUCAACAUUCAGAGAAUCAUAGUGCGAUUAAUGAUAGCAAGAGAGUAAAUAAACUUUUUAAAGAACCAAAAUUUUAUGCUGAUGGAGUUAGCCCUGGUGAUGUUCAACAAGGAUGGUUUGGCGAUUGCUGGUUUUUAUCUGCAAUCUCUACAUGCACAAAUAUUCCAGGUAUCAUUGAGACUAUUUGUGUUGAACGUGACGAACAAGUAGGGGAUGGAGAUUGGGUUUCGACAGUUGUUGACAGCCAAUUGUUUGUUAAGACUGACAUAGAAAAAAAUACUUCGGAUAUUGCAGUCGCUAAAUGUAAAGAUCCAAAUGAAACUUGGUUGUCAUUACUUGAAAAAGCGUAUGCUAAAAUUCAUGGAGAUUACGAAUCUAUUGAAGGCGGUUUUGUGUCGGAAGCUCUCGAAGAUCUUACCGGUGGCGUGGCCAGUAGCUUUGAAACAAGUGAAAUAUUAGAUAUAGACCGAUUAUGGAAAGAAGAUUUUCUUAACGUGAACAAAUCGGUAUUGCUUGGCUGUGCCAGAUCCGGACUUGGAACAGUAAGCGGCUUAGUAGACGGACAUGCGUACAGUAUUUUAGGCUCGGCGGAAUAUCAAGGCACAAGACUAGUAAAAGUGCGAAACCCGUGGGGAAAUACGGAAUGGACAGGUGCUUGGAGUGAUGGCAGUGAACUUUGGACUCCGGAAUCUAUGGCGGCAUUGAAUCAUCGAUUUGGUGAUGACGGCAUUUUUUGGAUCUCUUACGAAGAUUUCUUAGAUUAUUUCAAUUUGUAUUAUAGAUGUCGAAUUUUUGAUUCUCGUUGGAAUGUUUAUUCCACGUGGAUUAACUAUAACGUUCGUCCGAAAUCAGAUGGGAAAUUUAUUUUAAAUCUGUCAAAGAAAGCAGACGUUAUUAUUGUUCUUCAACAACCGGAUAGUCGAUAUUUCCAUAAAGGACCGGCAUACUUAUACCAGCUCGCCUUUAGAGUUUUCGAAAAGGGAAGCUCGACUUAUCUAAUACGAAGCCCCUACACCAAAACCUUUUAUCCGUGGGGACGCAACAUAAACCUCGAAAUAGAACUUGAAGCGGGCACCUACGAAAUUAUCCCACGAAUCAAUGCUAUUCCUAAUCCCGAUGUAAAAAAUGACAAAAAAUCUGACGAUACUACAAAAGACGAGACGAAUACAGACGAAACGAAGACAGAAGAAACUCAAACAGAAGAAUAUGGAAAUCAAAAUUCCGAAUCUACUGCAACUACUACGCAACCUACAAUUGAAUCAGAGUUUAUUCUAAGAGUGAUGGUAUCAGUGUUGAAGCAUAUGAAGGACCAUUUCCUGUUUCUAAAGAUAAAAAAAUCUUAA